AUGAAACAAGACUACAUUAAUUUAAAGCACGCUACAUUGUGCUCAAUUGCCUUCCUUGGGCUCUAUGUGGCAGUUUACUCUACUUAGAAUGUUUAAUCACAAAUUUAUGAUAUAGAUGGGUACAAGAAUCUAGGAUAUAUUUCCAACGCUGUUGCAUAUUUAGGCCAAGGUUUAGGAAGUAUUUUCUGUGUAUACGUGAUGCAAAGGGUUGGUGAUGUUAAAGCUAUGGCUUAUAGUUCUCUGCUAUCACUCCCCUUUAUUAUAUGCUUGAUAUUACCAGCUUUGAACACAGAUAAUAAGGCCGAUAACAACUUCUUCUUUUCAUAGAGUUUCGUCACAAUUUUGACUAUAUAUGUAUCGUUCUUGAAUGGGUUCGGUGGAGGAAUCAAUUAGCCAGCCUCUGGUAAAUACAUUUCCGACUGUGCAACAGAGAAUACAAAAGGUUUCUUUUUUGCAUUCUUUUGGUCCUUCUAUAUGGGAUCGUAAGUAAUAGGAAACAUCAUCUCUGCAUUUGCUCUGGGUUACUUUGAGUAGUAUUACUAUGUGCUUAUAAUGGCAAUCAUUUGCUUUUGUUCUGGAAUGCUAUUGUUCUUUUUAAAGCAGCCAGAAGUCCAUCAUAAUGUUUUGAGAAGUGUAGAAAAUGUUACAUUGAACGCAGCAUCAAAUCAAUCGAUAGACCCUCUUAACUAAUUAAUGAUAGAUGCUAUCUAGGCUCAUAAUACUCUUGAGGAGUAGUCAUUGAAAGAUAAUAUAAAAUCUCUGUGGGGAUUGGUGACUCAGAAGAGAUUUAGGUUAUUCAUUCCUCAGCUGUGCUGGAGUGGAGUUAGCAUUGCAUUCUAUAGUGGCAACUUAGUAGAACUAAUGGCACUGACAGUAGAUGACGAUGAACAGGUUAAAUUUAAGAAGUCUAUGCUAGCUAUGAUUGCAUUUGGAGCUGGUGAAGUGCUUGGCUGCUUCUUUAUUGGCUUCUUUGUGGAUAAAUUCGGCAGUAAAGUAGCUAGUGUAGUUAAUAUCAUCUUGGUUAUUUUGAUGACUUUGUCAACAUUAGGAUAUUGUAUAGCUUGGUAAUAUGGAUGGCAAGCAUUUUUGAUGUGCUUUCUCUGGGGAUUUUAAGAUUCAGCUACUAACACUCAUUCCUAGGAGAUUUUGGGGUUUGAGUUCGACAAUAACUUUGAACCCUUCUCAGUAUACAACAUUCUCCAAUGCAUUUGUUGUGCAACAUUGCAAAUAGUUGAAAUAUCAGUUUAAACGAGAAGAGACUACAUAAUAUUCACGGUAUUUAUUGGAGUAAUUGGAGUAUUUUGUUGUUCGACCAUGCUUUUCUUCGAUUUCAGAGAACAUAAGCACGGCAACACCGACUAACACGAAUAGUAAUAGCUGCAUCCAAAUGCACAAGCUCAAUUAACAUUAAAUGACUCUCAUCAAAUAGAAGAGGAUAAUUAAUAUCUUUUGGAAAAUGAUUAAAGCAAUCAAAUUUAUAAUGGAGAAUAAAGAAAGCAUAGUCAAGACAUAACAGAAGUUUCUCUGGAAGAUUGA